AUGGAACAGGCAAAGGAGGCAGUUGAGAAGGUGGCAGAGGGUGUCAAAAAUGUUGCCAUUGGAGAGAAGAAACCAAAAGCACCCAAAGCACCAAAGCCUAAGAAGGAGAAGGGAGGGGAUAGUGGGGUCGAUGCCGGACCUUUAGAACUCAACCCAGCGCCAGAAUUUAUCGCUCAUCGCAUAGCAGUUUUCGACAAACUGAAGGCAAAAUAUGACGCGGAAAUCGCUGCAAAACCAAGAGAUCCCAUCACCAUUACUCUUGCGGACGGAUCUGUUAAGGAGGGUAUUGCUUGGGAGACCACACCCGCCCAAAUCGCAGAGGGAAUCUCGAAGAGUCUUCUCAAGCGCACCGUUGUUGCGAAAUUGAAUGGGGAUUCUGAGCAACUAUGGGAUUUGGAGCGACCCUUAGAGAAGGAUUGCACACUUGAGCUGCUCCCUUUCGAGAACGAAGAGGGCAGAAGAGUCUUCUGGCAUUCUAGUGCUCAUAUCUUGGGCGAAGCCUCAGAAAGACGAUUCGGUUGUAGUUUGUGUAUCGGCCCCCCAAUCGACAAUGGUUUCUACUACGAGAUGGGUCUGCCAAAUCAAGGAACAGUCACUGACGCAGACUGGAAGCCCUUGGAGACAUUGGUCGGUCAAAUUGUCAAGGAGAAGCAAAAGUUCGAGCGACUGGUCCUUUCUAAGGAUGAUCUUCUGGAGAUGUUCAAGGACAACAAGUACAAGCAACACAUCAUCAAGGACAAGAUCGCUGAUGGAACCAACACCACUGUUUAUCGUAACGGACCUCUUAUCGAUUUAUGUCGAGGUCCUCACGUCCCUAACACUGGCAGAAUCGAGACAUUUGCUAUCAUGAAGAACUCAGCAUCUUACUUCCUUGGAAAUAAGGAAAACGACUCUUUGCAAAGAAUUUAUGGUGUCUCAUUCCCAGAUAAGAAGCAAAUGGCUGAGCACAAGAAAUUUCUGGAAGAGGCUGCAAAGCGUGAUCACCGAAAACUUGGUAAGGAUCAAGAAUUAUUCUUCUUCCACGAAAUGUCACCUGGAUCUGCCAUGUGGUUGCCACACGGUGCUCGUAUCUAUAACACAAUCAUGUCAUUUUUGAGAGAGCAAUACUGGACCCGUGGCUACGAAGAAGUUAUUACGCCAAAUAUGUACAAUUCCGAACUUUGGAAGACCUCUGGUCAUUGGGCGUAUUACAAGGAUGACAUGUUCACAUUCCCUGUCGAGAAGGAUACUUUUGCUUUGAAGCCCAUGAACUGUCCUGGCCAUUGCUUGAUGUUUGGUCACCGUGAGCGCAGUCACAGAGAAUUGCCUUGGCGAGUUGCAGAUUUCGGUGUUCUUCAUCGUAAUGAAGCUUCGGGUGCGUUGACCGGUUUGACUAGAGUAAGAAGAUUCCAACAAGAUGACGCCCACAUCUUCUGUAGGGAAGACCAGAUCAAGGAUGAAAUCACUGGUUUAUUCGACUUUCUCAAGGCUAUUUACGGCCUUUUGGGUUUCACCUUCAAGCUGAACCUCUCUACUCGCCCAGAAAAGUACUUGGGUAAACUCGAGACUUGGGAUAUGGCAGAGGAGAAACUCCGAUCUGCUUUGGACGAAUUUGCGGCAACUGAUGGUGGAGUACCAUGGGUACUCAACGAGGGUGACGGUGCUUUCUAUGGCCCAAAGAUUGAUAUCACUAUUUGCGAUGUCCUCAAGAGAGAAUGGCAAUGCGCUACAAUCCAACUUGAUUUCCAGUUACCUCAAAACUUUGGACUUGAAUACAAUACCGGUGAUGUACCAACUAAGAAGGAUGAAGACGCCGCCAAGGAGCCCAUCGUCAAGCCAAAGAAGAAUGCCGAACCAGAGGAUCCAAAUGCUCCACCAAAGGAAAGAGUGUACAAGCCACUUACCCCUGGAUGUGCCAGACCAGUCAUGAUUCACCGAGCUAUGGCAGGUAGUAUCGAACGUUUCACUGCUAUCUUGAUUGAGCAUUUCGCUGGUAAAUGGCCUUUCUGGUUAAGUCCUCGACAAAUUCUUGUUAUCCCAGUCGGAGUUGGUUACUUUGAAUAUGCCAAGGAAGUGCAAUCCAUCUUCCACAAACAACAAAUGUUCAUUGAUGUUGACCUCAGUGGCAACACUCUUCAAAAGAAGAUCCGUACAGGCCAAUUGGCACAAUACAACUUUAUUUUUGUUGUCGGCGACACAGAAAUGAAGGGACGUGAAGUCAAUGUUAGAAAUCGUGACGAUACCUCGAGUCAAGAUCGAGGAAAGCCUGUUUCAUUGCAAGAAGCAAUUGAGAAACUCACAGCACUUCGUGAUGAGCGAAGGUCGGAUAACCCUUUCCCAGGUGAAGCGAAGCCUGUCGAGGCAGCUGCGGCUCCUGUUGCGCCUGCUGCUUAA